UCCACAACGAAGACAGGUUUUUCAUUUUUGUAUCAAUAAUUCGUUCGGAUUUUCAAGUUUCCACCGCAAACGCUGUCCUGAUAACUCGCAUAGGUUUGUCUUGUGUUGUGCGUGUGGCAUGCCAUUAACAGUUUUUGAUUAACUCUCAUCGUACGUCGCUUACCAGCAUGCCAGGGUCGACAGUUUCCAACAAUGACCUGAGAAUGAAAAAACGUAGUUUGGCUGGUAACGUAGCCCUUGGCUUAUACGUUUUGGCUUUAGUUUUUGUGUUCAUUUCAUUUUUUUCGACCAGUUGGUUAGUCAGUGAUGGGAGAAUCACGGGAGCUAAAUUAGAAAGUUUUGGACUGUGGACUCAUUGUUUUCGCUCAUUACCAGAUCCUAAUGACCCAGCAGAGCGAAGGUUUUUUGUUGGAUGCCACUGGAUUUUUGACCCUUUCACCAAGGGAUAUGAUGAAAUCAAAGGAUUUUUGUUACCAUUUUACAUUGUGGCAACUCAGUUCUUUUACACAAUUACAUUCCUAGGAACAUUGGUAUCAGCUGUUGGUUCAUCAAUGUUUCUUUUAUGUUGUACACCUGAUGAAAAACGUUUUAUACAAAUAACUUUUGCGCUGGGAAUAACAUUGAUUGUAUCUGGUGUUUGUGCUGCAAUAGCAGUGUUAAUAUUUGCUUUGUUUGCUAACCGACCAGGUUGGAUGCCUGGCCAUGACAACAACUUCUUUGGUUGGGCAUUUGGCGUGGCUAUUGCAAGUUUCUUUGCUUUACUUGCAUCUGGAGCAUUUUAUUUGGUAGAAACAAAUAUACAAGUGAAGAAAAGGAAAUAUCUGAAAGAAUCACAAACUAAAUUUGACAUGGAGUCUAAAGGAUAAGAUGAAAUUUAUUUUUCACUUAAAAAUUUAAAAUAUUUCCAAUUUAGACCAUUAAGAUAUGUUUUUGAUAGUAACCUUUUGUAUUAAAUUUUAUGAUUUCCAAAAUCUGAUAGCAACUUAUUUUUAUGAAACUAAUAAUCUCAUUUUUAUUUA